AUGGAAAAUGGGACAUUGGGUCGGCAGAAGCAGUUGCUUUCAAGCUUCUCAUAUACUCUCUCACCACUAUCACUAACACUAGCGGCAAUUUCCUCAUCCACAAAGACAAUACAGCAAUUGUUGAAGGGUGGUGGAAGCGUCAUCACCGCAACCAAGCUAUCAACCAACAAUGUGUUCCUAACAAUCAACAAAUUCCUCAUUGAUCUACCUCAGUGUAUCAACAUCUCUACUAUGUACGUCUCUAGUGCGUCCAACCCAGCAGACAAACCAUCCAGAGGCAUCCUUGGCCUGAUUGAGCUUCUUCUACCCCCCAUUGAUAUAUUCCCAUCGAACUUAACAAGUUCAUCAUUGACGCAACAGCGCCCCUCUCCCUCGCCGAACUCCGCCAUCUAUGUAAUGGGAACUACUCCACUCUCACACAUAAACUCAUCAAUAGAGCGCUCAUCAAGCUACAAGCGGAAGAAUGAGUCAGAGCCAUGCUUACUGAAGAAGAAGAAAUCAUCAGCAAUAUGCUCCAAGAAGCAUGACUCCAUGGCAGCAUCAUGCUUCGGAGCAGCCAUCAACCCCACGCCCUCCUCCUCGUCAACAGCUCCCAAAACCUACAAACCAGAACUAACUCCACACCCGUCUUCCCUACGCCCACACUGCCUAGCGAGGGACAGGCUGAGGUUGUGGAUCCCGUCUGGAAUGAACCCGAGGUAUGUAGAGUUAGCAGCAGUGUCGAAGGGUGCACAAGAAGUGGAGAUUACAGAUAUCCAAGUAAGCUGUAUCCUCGACAUCAUAGGCUCAUUCUGGGCACAGUCAACAAAAGAAAUGUAUGGUGUUGGGUUGCUAGUCUUUCACAUCUUUUUUGAUGCCAACAGCAUAGCAGAGGACCAGCAAUGCCCAGUCGCCCCACCAACUACGCCACAGGCAUCAGAGCCUGGCAUCUCCCGCAUGGCAGAGCAUGGCUGA